AUAUUUGCUCUAAAACAUGCCACUGACGCACUCUAUCAGUUAAAGAUAGAACUAUUAUUGCGUGAACAUAGAAUAUACUGCCAAUUCGCUUAAUCGAGCUUUGUUUUCCUGACAGACGUGUAUAUCAUACUUUAUAUAGUAUGCUACAUUGAUUAUUUAAAAAUCAUUACGAACAUCAUAACAUGCAGUGUUUAAAAAGGAAUUUUCAAUAAAACUUCCUAUUGGAAGAUCAAGGUAAUUUAAGAAUGACGCGAGAUAACAGAAAACGAGGGCGUAAUGCGGAAGAGGAAUCUAGCGAAUUUAUGCCAUUAAGUAAAAGAAUCAACAACCUGCAUAUUAAUAACUUAUCAGGUAUGCAAGAAAGUAUGUCGGAAAAUAUGGAUGCGGAUUGGAGCAAUAAAAAUUUUUUACCAUCACCAAAUUAUUCGGAUCUCUCCCAAGGAUCACCAUUAUACGAUGGAUGCAGCUCUAGCCAAAGUAGCUAUACAGCUGAAUACAAGCCAGAUCUUGAUGCUUCUGAAAAUCCUUUCUAUUACGAAAGUAAUAAGUUAUUAUUCUUCUUAUACAUGGAACGUUUACAAAGAACAUCAGACUCAUUUUGAUGUCCCUAUUCUAAGAUUACAGUAGACUCCUAAUUAACAGGUUCCUAUGGGACCAGUUCUCAGGUUGAAUAAAAUACGACUGGAUAAUUCAAAUCAAGUAUCAUUUAUAAGUUGUAAAUUAAAUUAAAAGAUACAUAUAUAUAUUCGAUCGUUUGCAAAUGUUUAUUAAAUAUUUACCUGGAAGAAGUUAGAGGAAAUAAAGUCAAAAUCAGAAUUAUUACAAUGCUUUGUAUUCAUUUUCGAGAUAGAUACCAGAAAUCUAAUUUGUAGAAGAAAAUUUUUAUAAAAAUGUACGUAGUUGAAAUGGAAGCUGGUCAACAAACGAUCAAAUAAGAUGGAGUCUAUUGUACAACUAUUAAUUAUAAAGCAUUUUUUCCAUGUCAUUUCUUCAUUCCUUUUCAACAUAUUUUUCUUACGAUUUAAAUUAUUUAGAAUCAUGAAGAACGUAUAUCACUUUAAAAAUCUUUAAUAUCGACAGGAAUGAAAUUAUUUAUUAUUAUAAUCUUAUUAAGCAACUGAUUUAUACGUGUGAACAUAAGGAGUAUAUACAUAAAAUCCUUUGUUAAUUAAGUGCUUACAGUCGAAAUUUCCAAUAAUUAGAUCACUGAUUUCGACCAUUCUUUUUGUAGUGAAUUUAGAAUAAAACCAAACAGGCACAUAUUUGAGCAUUUACGUGAUUGCAUAUUAUUUAUGCAGGAUUUAUAGAACUAUCCCUUUAUAAGUGGAAAAUAAAUAAAAUUUGUACAAAACUUGCUAUAAGUAAUGAAAAAGAAAUAAAACGAAAUAAAAAGUAGAAAGAUCGUCUUAUGACUAAAUCGAAAAGUGUACAUGCACGAACUUGUAGACUUAAAAAUUACGGUAUUCACCACAUUCUGAGUCAAUGUAGAAAUGUGAUUUUUACGUCCUCGAUAAACACACCAUAGAGUCUAUGCUAUAAACAUUCGUCGUGAUUGCGUUAGUAUUUUACCGUUGAAUCUGAUUAUAAAGAAUGUGCAUUUACGUAAAGGCUCGAAUAAAUCAGCGAUCU